CUCCGCAGCUUCAAGACCAGCAAGGGCGUGGGCUACUCGGCGCAUUUCGUGGGGAACUGCCUUGUCCUAACGUCCCUAAAGGUGAAGGGGAAAGGCUACCAGCACUGCAUUAAAUACGAGUUCCAGCCCAGAAAGUGGUACAUGGUGGCCGUGGUCUUCAUCUACAACCGGUGGAGCAAGAGUGAGAUCAAGGUGUUCGUCAACGGCCAGCUCGCCUCGGCCACGGACAUGACCUGGCUGGUGUCCACGAACGAUACGUGGGACAAGUGCUACAUCGGCGCCACUCCGGAGCUGGACGAGGAGCGGGUGUUCUGCGGCCAGAUGAGUGCCGUGUACCUGUUCAGCGAGGCGCUCACGGCCCACCAGGUGUGUGCCAUGCACCGCCUCGGGCCCGGGUACAAGAGUCAGUUUCGCUUCGAUAAUGAAAGUUACCUGCAGCUGCCCGACAACCAUAAACGGGUUCUGUACGACGGCAAGCUGGCGUCUGCGAUCGUCUUCAUGUACAACCCCGUCGCCACGGACUCCCAGCUGUGCCUGCAGUCCGCGCCCAAGGGCAACCCCUCCUUCUUCGUCCACAACCCCCACGCCCUCAUGCUGCAGGACGUGAAGGCGGUGGUCACACACAGCAUCCACAGCACCCUGAACAGCAUGGGCGGCAUCCAGGUGCUGUUCCCCCUCUUCCAGCAGCUCGACCUCCCGCACGACACGCCGCCCGCCAUCACCGACUACUACGCCACCACCAAGACGCCCUCGCUGGGGUUAGACGAAAUUGUGUUUGAGUUAGGGUCCACGCUGGUCGGGUUUAUCUGUGAGAUGGUGGAGGGCUGCAGCACGGUCCAGCAACACAUGGUCCAGAACCGCGGCUUCCUGGUCAUCUCCCACCUCCUGCACCGCUCCUCCCGACACCACAUCACCAUGGAGGUCCUCACAGCCUUCCUCAAGCUCACCAAGUUCCUCGUCACCUGUCCAAACUCCAACUCCGAUCUGUUACUGAAGCAGCUCCUGGACCACAUACUCUUCAACCCAUCGCUGUGGAUCUACUCCCCGGUCACGGUACAGAUGCGCCUCUACACCUACCUGGCCACGGAGUUCCUCUCGGACGCGCAGAUCUACGGGUCGGUGCGGCGUGUGUCCACAGUGCUACAGACCAUGCACACCCUCAAGUACUACUAUUGGGUGGUGAACCCCAGGGACAAAAGUGGCAUCAACCCCAAGGGACUAGACGGCCCGCGCCCCACCGACAAGGACGUGGUGAGCCUGCGUGCCUACAUGUUGCUCUUCCUGAAGCAGCUCAUCAUGAUCGGCAACGGCGUGAAGGAGGACGAGCUGCAGGCCAUCCUCAACUUCCUCUCCACCAUGCAUGAGGACGAGAACCUUCACGAUGUGCUGCAGAUGUUGAUGUCGCUGAUGUCGGAGCACCCGUCAUCCAUGGUUCCAGCCUUCGACGCCAAGCAUGGGGUACGCACCGUCUUCAAGCUGCUGGCCUCCGAGAGUCAGCUGAUCCGCCUCCAGGCCCUCAAGCUGCUCGGAUACUUCCUCUCUCGCUCCACCCAUAAGAGAAAGUACGAUGUGAUGAACCCACACAACCUCUACACCCUGCUGGCGGAGAGACUGCUGGUUCACGAGGAGUCUCUAACCCUCUCCACCUACAACUGUCUAUAUGAGAUCCUCACCGAACACAUCAGUCAACAGGUCAUGUACUGUAAGCAUCCGGAACCUGAAUCCCACUACCGCCUGGAGAACCCGAUGAUCCUGAAGGUGUGCGCGACGCUCAUCCGCCAGAGCAAGCCGUCGGACAGCCUGAUGGAGGUGAAGAAGCUGUUCCUCUCCGACAUGACUCUCCUGUGCAACAACAACAGAGACAAUAGAAGAACGGUCCUGCAGAUGUCCGUUUGGCAGGAGUGGCUCAUCGCGCUGGCCUACAUCCACCCGCGCUCCACCGAGGAACAGAAGAUCAGCGACAUGGUGUACUCCCUCUUCCGCAUGCUGCUCCACCACGCCAUCAAGUACGAGUACGGCGGAUGGCGGGUGUGGGUGGACACACUGGCCAUCGUACACUCCAAGGUGUCGUACGAGGAGUUCAAGCUUCAGUUCGCCCAGAUGUACGAGCAGUAUGAACGGCACCGCUCCGACAACAUCACGGACCCGGCUAUCCGCCAGCAGCGCCCCAUCUCCACCAUCUCCGGCUGGGACAGCAGGCAGUACUACGUCAACGCCGAGGCCUACCGCAACGGUGCUGAGAUUGAGAUGGAAAAGCCCCCGGCAAUUGGAAACGGAAAGAUGAUCGCAAGUGACGAGGCAGAGUGUCUGUCCGAGCCGAUCCCUAAGGUCCCGAUUGAGCCAGGGCAGAAAAUUGAUCGAGAAGUUAGAGAAGGCAGGGAGAGGGAAGCGAGAGAAAGAGAAGGAAGGGAAGGAGGAGAAGAAGUAGAGUUGAACAAAGAAGAAAAAACAGCAUUGCCAAGUAGAGUGGAAAUUGAGAACACCAAAGUCAUCCCUAUCGAGGCAAAGAAAACGGAGGUGACGAAAAUGGAAGUCGAGGGGGAACCGUCCUUAUCCACCUCCUCCACCACUGGGGAGAGAACGAAUGUGGAGGUGGAGUUAGUGGAUAAUAAAGCACUGGAGGAAGAGAAGCAGAGAGAAAAGGUGGAGCAGGAGGAAAGCGUGAAAAUUGAGGACUUGGCGAAGGAGGAAAAGGAAGAAAAGAAAGAAGAAGGAAGCAAAGAAGAUGAGGACAGGAAGAAGAAGGAAGAGAAGAAGGAGGAGGAGGAGGAGGAGGAGAAGAAGGAUGAAGGGAAGAAGGAGUCACCCAGGAAGGAAGAACAGGAGGUGACAAAGAAGGAGGAGGAAGAGGAAGGAAGGAAAGAAGGGAAUGAAGAAAACAAGGAAGAGGAAGAAGGAACGAAGGAAAAGAAGGAAGAGGAGAAGGAAAAAGAAGAAGAGAAAACUGAAGGAGGAGAGGAGAGACUAAAGGAAGACUCCAUUGAUACCAGUAAAAGUGGAGGAGAGGAGGAAAGUGGAGGAGGAGAAAAGGAGGUAGUGGAGGAAGCAAGUGGAGAUGCAGCCUCCCAUACUCUUCCACCUCCUCCACAAGAAGCCAUUGCCACUAUAUCGGGUAGUCUCCACUUGAAGGAAAAGGAGGCUAAGGGGGAAAGUGGAGGAGGUGAAAAGGGUGGAGGAGGAGGUGAGGAAGGUGGAGGAGGAGGUGAGGAAGGUGGAGGAGGAGGUGAGGAAGGUGGAGGAGGAGGUGUGGAAGAGAAAAACUCCACCACCAUCUCCACCACCACCACCUCAACACCUGCGGAGGUUAACGAGCCUUCCACAGGUGAGGUGACGUCAGGUAGUGCCACAGGUGACCCCACACAGCAGCCACCUGACGACACCACCACCACCACCACCGCCACCAUCACCACCGCCAUCACCACCACCACCACCACCACACCACCAUCAGAGACAGCCUGUGAUAAUGUACAAAGCUCCACUGUAUCACCACCAUCCACCACCACCUCCACUACCACUUCGGAAACCUCCACUACAGCUACUACCACUACUACUACUACUUCUGCUACCAGUAAAGAAGUACAAGAAAAUUCCUCAGAACCGGGAACUUCCUCGACAGACACGCAAGCUUCCGGGGAAGUUUCUGACCCCCCAGUUUCCUCAUCCCCCACCCCACCACCCCCCAGCUCCUCCUCCCCACCCCCUCCAGCCCCCCAGGACACACAGGGGCAGGGGGAGGGUGCUAAGGAGGAGAAAAACACCCCUGGGGAUAGUAUAGCUGAACCUGGGGAAAAUACCUCGGAAGCUCCGGCAUCAGGGGAAAGUUUAGGGAUUUCUGCUCAAGAGGGGAAGACUGAGGAACAUGUAGGGGAGAAAAUCGGGGAAACUGCGGCGAAACAGGAGGAAACUACCCCGGAAACGUCAAAGCCAGAGGAGGUUACCCCUGAAACUUCGAAACAGGAGGAGGAGGUCAGCGUGGAAACGUCGAAACAGCCACAGCAAACACAGGAGAAGGAGACCACAGAGAGCGUCCAGCCCUCAGGGGAGACCAAAGAAAAUGGGGAUGAAGCGUCGCCAUCACAGAAAACGGAAGACGCUACGAAUCCACCGGAGACUAAACCAAUUGAAACUGAAGAGAAGAAGGAAGUGGAGGAGAAGAAGGAGGAGAAGAAGGAGGAGAAGGAGAUACCAAAGGAGGAGAAGAAGGAGAUACCAGCAGAUGAGGUCACAGAAGAAGAAGAAGGGGACAGAAGAAGCAUCCCAACAGCAUCUACCUCCACUACUUCCGCCUUGCCUCCACCGCUCCACACAGCCUCCACCUCAGUCAUGGAGAUGGCCGCUGAAACUCUCUCCCUCCCGAAGGAGUUUCCCGUCACGAGUUUAAACGUGGAAGAACCGCGGGACCAAGAAUCACAGACGGAGGAAACUGGGGAAGAGGAGGAGGAGGAGGAGGAGGAGGUGAGGAGAGAGGUUGCCAGAGUACAAAAGGAGGUGGUGGGUGGAGACGAGGAGGUGGUGUUGGUGGAAGGGAGAGUGGAGGUAGAGGAGGACCUGGAGGUGGAUGAGGAGGCGCGGAGGGCAGCAGCGGAGGGAGGGAGCCUGACGAAGGACCAGGUGGAUCUUGGGCUGCGGAGGAGAGGCAUUUCGCUCACCACCUUGGAGAGGGAAAAAGACCGACAGAGUGACAACAGCGAGCGGAAGUCAGCAUCCGUCUCUCGCAGCAGCUCCGUCGGAUCCUCUCAGUCACACUCCCGGCAGAUCUUCUCAUCCGGCCCCACCCGCCCCCCCUUCAGGAUACCCGAAUUCCGCUGGUCCUACAUCCACCAGCGGCUGCUCUCGGAUGUCCUCUUCUCCCUGGAAACGGAUAUGCAAGUGUGGAGGAGCCACUCCACCAAGAGCGUUCUGGAUUUCGUCAACAACAGCGAAAACGCAAUCUUCGUGGUCAACACAGUCCACCUCAUCUCCCAGCUGGCGGACAACCUCAUCAUCGCGUGUGGAGGCCUGCUUCCACUCCUCGCCUCCGCCACCUCCCCCAACAACGAGCUGGACGUGCUGGAGCCGACGCAGGGCAUGGGCGUGGAGGUGGCCGUGUCCUUCCUGCACCGCCUCGUCAACAUGGCGGACGUGCUCGUCUUUGCCUCCUCCCUCAACUUCUCCGAGCUCGAGGCGGAGAAGAACAUGUCCAGCGGAGGGAUCCUGCGUCAGUGCCUCCGCCUGGUGUGCACGGUAGCGGUUCGGAACUGUCUGGAGUGCCGGGAGCGGACGCGGCUACAGGAGGUCAAUGGGGCGGGCGUUGGCAGCAUCAAGCCCAUCAACAAGUCCAGGCACAUCCACUCCCUCAUCCGUGGGGCCCAGGCAUCCCCCAAGAACAUCGUGGAGAACCUUGGGACGCAGAACAGCCCAGUGAGGGACCCGGAGAAGCUGCUACAGGACAUGGAUGUGAACAGGCUAAGGGCGGUGAUCUACAGGGAUGUGGAGGAGACCAAGCAAGCCCAGUUCCUGUCCCUGGCCAUCGUUUACUUCAUCUCCGUGCUCAUGGUCUCCAAGUACCGCGACAUCUUGGAGCCACCUUCCAAUGCCCCAGCCUCCCCCCCACCCCCGCAGCCCCCCCAGCCCCCACACACCAACGGGGCCUUCACACAACACCACUUUUCAGGGUCGGAGCGGACGGGUGAGGUGGAUGAGGACGGCGAGUAUGAGGUGAUCGUGGUGGACCAACACAACUCAUCCAUCCUGGCAUCCGACCACUGCUCCAACGCCUCAUCCGGCCCGCCCUCCCUCAAGUCUAACCACACCCUCGUCUCUGGCCCCCUCCCCCCAAAGUUCGGUUGUAACACGUACCCGACAAAGAUCGCUAAGCCAGUACCUAGAAACACCCUCGUGAGCCCCAAGGGUCCCGAGGGUGUGGAGGGUGACAGCAGCAGUAGUGGAGGUGGGUCAGGGGGUGUGGGGGGCAUGAACGAGGAGUCCGGCCACCACCCCCACCACCUGCACCACCACCCCCACCACCACCCGGCGGAGGACGACUGGACGGACGUCAACCUCAACGACGCCACGCCGGACGAGGCGGACGGGAAGGGUCACAAGUCAGUUUACGGUGUGACGGAAACCAGCGACAGCAACAACCACCACCAUCACCACCACCACCAUCACCACCACAAUAACAACAACAACAACAAUAACAACAACAACAACAACAACAACAACUCACAGUCAUCACCGCCACCCCCACCACCACCAUCGCAGUCAUCCUCAAACACCACCUCCACUUCGAACACCACCACCACACCGUCGCAAUCACUACCACCACCACCACCUCCGCCGCAGCCUCUUCCACCACCACCGCCACCACCCCAAUCGCAGGACCCCCAGAGCCUAGGCGGAGAGAUUUCAGUUCUGUCCACGCCGUCCAACAUUCCCGACUCCUCCUCCGUCAAACCCCAUAGGCCGGAGGAUCUCAACAUCAAGCCGUUCCUGCACUCCGAGAUCCCCAUUCCCACGCCGUCACGCGAGGCCUCACUCACGCAGAAGCUGGAGAUGGCGCUCGGGUCCGUCUCGCCGCUGCUGAGGGAGAUCAUGGUGGACUUUGCUCCGUUCCUCUCCAAGACGCUGGUCGGAUCGCACGGACAGGAGCUACUGAUGGAAGGACUCAUGACGUUCAAGCACAGUCAGAGUGUGGUGGAACUGGUGAUGCUUCUGUGCUCCCAGGAGUGGCAGAACUCUCUCCAGAAACACGCCGGCCUGGCCUUCAUCGAGCUGAUCAACGAGGGCAGACUGCUCUCCCACGCCAUGAAGGACCACAUUGUCAGGGUGGCCAAUGAAGCGGAGUUCAUCCUCAACCGCAUGAGGGCGGAUGACGUACUGAAGCAUGCCGAGUUUGAGUCCCUCUGCGCCACCACCGUCCUGGAGAGGCGCGAGGAGGAGAAGAUGUGCGACCACCUCAUCACAGCGGCGCGGCGGAGGGACAAUGUCGUGGCCGCCCGCAUCCUCGACAAGAUCACCAACAUCCUCUCCAACAAGCACGGGGCCUGGGGGGGCACCGCCAUCACCGCGGCCCGCACCCCCGCCACUGCUGCCACCACCACCACAACCGCCACUACCACAGUUGCUACGGCUGGGGGCGGCACGAGUUCCGCUGUGGUGGCUAAUUCCAGUUCGAGUAAAAACACCCCAUCCCAGUUCUGGAAGCUGGACUCAUGGGAGGAUGACUCGAGGAGGAGGAAGAGGUUCGUGCCCAACCCCCUCGGCUCCUCCCACCCCGAGGCAACCCUGAAGGCAGCAAUUGAACACGGCGCACCUGAGGAUGCCAUAUUACAGCUUACGUCAUCCGCCCCCUCCACACAGGCGCGGGAGGAAUUCCACGCCCAGCUGGCAGCACAGAGACGGUCCCUACAGCAGCCCCUCCAGUCACCCGACCUGCUGGAUGACUCGGAGCUGGCCACGGAUGACAGGGACCUAGACGCUGAUGUCACAGGCCUCGUCAACCUGAGUACGCGUGCCCGCCUGGUCGCCCCGGGCCUCACCGUCCCCGGCACCGUCUCCGUCACGGCUGCCGAGCUCUACUUCGAGGUGGACGAGGACGACCCGGAGUUCAGGAAGGCUGAGCCCGAGGUGAGUGUUCGAGUGGCACUUGUGUAUAUUUUUAGUUAGUUGUUUUUACAGCAG